AUGCCUCACUUCCCCCCCAAGUCUCCCAUUCCCUUCCCACGCCCUCCGUCCCUCUUCCCCCACUCUCAGCCGCAUGCCUUCCUUUCUUCACCGCUCCUCUCCUCCCAUCCCUCUCCGAUGUCUCCCUUCCCUCCGUCUCACUUCCCUUUUUCCCCCAUCGGUUUCCCCUCCCACUCCUCCCUUGCCUCUCGUCUCCCUUCCUCUCUUCUCCCUCUGCCCCUACCCUCCCGUCGCUUCUCGCCCUUAUCCCCGCACACGUCCUUCUCCCUUCCCUCCCUUCUCUCACUGAACCCUCUCUUCCCUCCAAUCCCCGCUUUUUCCAUUUCUUCUCAUUUCCUCCCUUCCCCCUCUCAGCCCCUCCCCCCCUCCCUCUCAGCCCCUCUCCUCCUUUCCCCAUCAGCUCUCCUCCUUUCCUCUCAGCCCCUCUCCUUUCCCUCUCCCUCUCUCCUCCUUUCCCUCUCAGCCCCUCUCCUCCUUAUCCUCUCAGCCUCUCUCCUCCUUUCCCUCUCAGCCCCUCUCCUCCUUUCUCUCUCAGCCCCUCUCCUCCUUUCUCUCUCAGCCCCUCUCCUCCUUUUUCUCUCAGCCCCUCUCCUCUCAUCGCUCACUCAUGCUUCCCGCUCUUCCACUCCCCACCCUCUCAGCCACUCGUCCUCCUUCCUAAUCUGCCCUUCUUCUCCUCUCCUGUGCCUCCCUUCCCUCCAUCUCACUUCCCCUUUUCCCUCCGCCCAUCUCCUCCCGUCCCUCACCGCACAGCCCGUCUCCUACCUUCACUCUCAGCCCCCCUCCCUCCCCCUUCCGUAUGCGCUGUUUCCCCACUCUCACCCGCGCUGCUCCCACUUCCGUACGCACAGCUACCCCACUUCCCUGUGCUGCUCCCACUUACCACCGCGCCACUACCUCACUAUCCCCCUCCCACUCCCCUUUCUUGAUGAACCCUGCCCCUUCGCUCCCUUCCCUUCCUCUCUUCUCCUCCCUUCCUUUCCACUGUCGUCUACUACCUUCCCUUCCCUCCCUUGUCUUCUCAUCCCUUCCCUCGAUGCCCAUGUCCUCUCCCCCGUUUCUCAUUCUAGGGAUUUUCUCAACUGUGCCCCUGACUCGCGACUCACAGAUGCAGCACCAUCACUCACCAUUCACAAGUGUGAGCCGGAAGAAUGA